AGGAGUCCUGGAUCUCUUUUGUCCGGCCACGUGAGUGGGACAUUCUAAUCAUGGAUGCACUUCUACAUGUUCCUGCAAACCAAGGGAAGGAGCAGACAUUGCGCAUCAAUCUCACUGAGAAAUUUCCUCCCGCUGCCUGCGUCGCUUGUCAGCCUCCAGACACAGACACACACCAGAGAUGAACUCGUUUGGUAAGGUUGUUGGGAAAAUAAUAAUAUUAUCAAAAUUUAGCAUUUCUUUAUUAUAUUAGUGUUCUGUUUCAACAUGAUUUUGAUCAAAAUAAUUCUUUUUAUCUACACCAAUUGGUCUAAUUGCCUUUGAGAUUUAGUUUAAACCAUAAAAUAUUCAAUAUCAUAAGGUUUGAAAUCAGAUAAUGUAGAAUCAAACAGUUGUGUUGUGAGAUUAGUUCUAAAUGGCCAAGAGAGCAAUAUUUUAACUUGUCUUUUCCUCUGAAGCUAAAGCUGUUUAGAAAACUCACUCGGAGUUUAACUUGUGUUUGGUUGAUUUCUAGUUCUAAUAUCUGUUGAAAUGGAAUGGUAGAAGAAAAUUUUAGGAAUCGCAUUUGAACUAUAAGGUUAUUAUUGCACUUGGAUGUUAAGGACAUGAUCAGUUCUUAGUCAUCAAUCAUUUGAUGGUAAUAGAGGUAAGGAUAAGGGUCUUUUGAAUUAAAAUAGGAAAUUUAGGAAUACAAAUGAAAUGAUUGUAAGUUCUAUUUAAGAAUACCCAUUAAGCCAUAUAAUAAUUGAUUGUUUGUAGUUUAAAAUUUUGACUGAUAAAAUAAUGGUCUUAUUUAUAUUUUGGAAAAAAACUAGAAAGGAGGGAGAAAAAUAGUUAUUUAUUAAAAGCUUAUGUAGAUAGUUUUGAAAGAUAAUUUGGAAAGAAAAGAAUUUGUGUGAAAGGAAAGUGAAUGGGUGAGGUGGUUACACGCAUCCACCAUCUCCACGCCACACACCAUUCAACUUCAAAUUAUCUCUUCCUUUUAUCUCUCUCUCUCGCCUCGAUCUGCUCUGCAUAUUCAACCAUCAAUGGCGACUCUGCAUUCUCUGGCGUCCACCACCUCCACUGCUUCUUCGCAUCUGAUUCAGGUUCGAGCAGCCGUCGGUGUUCGACUCCUCGGCGGAGGUUGGGGACAUCACGGGCUUCUACAUGAUCGACGAGGAAGGGGUGAUUCAGUCGGUGGAUGUGAACGCCAAGUUCGUCAACGGGAAGCCCGCCGGAAUCGAGGCCAAGUACGUGAUGCGCACCCCCAGGGAGUGGGACAGGUUCAUGAGAUUCAUGGAGCGCUACUCCAACGCCAAUGGCCUGCAGUUCGUCAAGAAAUGAAUCCCUAAUCUCUACAUUCCCCAAUUUUGUUUGUUGCGUUUGCCUCAAUGAGUCCCGAUCAAUGCUCUGUUGAUGCGUCGCAAUUUUAUUCCUCAAUUUUUUAUAUUAAGAUUAACGAAUGCGAUGACUAAUUCCUUUGUUGCUUUUCCAUGGAACUCGUAUUCUUAGCCACUUCUGCACCUAGAAUCACCAUUUUAGCCCGUUGAACUAUUUUUUACCUA